GCCCGCAUUUGGGUAGGUAGUUGCUGUUCCCCUGCGAGGCCCGCGUCUCCCCUUCGUCUCAACACCCACCGCCUCCUCGCCGGAGCCAGUAAGCUUCCGGCGAAGAAAUCCGGCGGGCACAUCACAAGGGGGCCGAGCAGGGGGACCUAGGCGAGCGCCGGAAUGGGGGCCAGCGCCCGGGGGCUCGCCGUCGUCGUGGCUCUAGGGUUAGAUAGGUGUCCGUAGCUUUUUUCUUCGCUCGCCCUCCCCCACGCGGCCAGGGUGUGCAGCCCCGGCGUCGCAUUGGGUCCCGGGACGACCGUAAGGCCGCGUGAUCCACCCGUGCUCGAGCUCGGACAGGGUCCCGGUUGCGUGGCAUGGGGGCAUCUCUUCCGCCUGCUCCCGCUGCCUGCGAGUUUGGCACCGUUUUUGAGCUCUGAAGAGGAGGAGGUGGUGGCAGCAGGCACCGAUCUGGAUGCCAUUUCAAGUCAUGGAUCCGAGGCACCACCUCUCCCAGUUCACCAAUACAACCGUAGCUGCGUCCUCCUUCUCUGAGGAGCAGCUUCGCCUUCCCACAGAGAGGCUGGUGGGUUUUUGGAAGCAGGAGUCGUUGCAUCACAUUGGGAGCAAGUCAGUUGCAUCUUCUCCAAUUGAAAAGCCCCAACCCAUUGGUACAAAAACAAUGGGUCGGGUAGAUCCACAACCAUACAAGCCGAGAGGCCAGAAGUCUGCAUUUAGCCUUGAACACAAAACUUUUGGUCAAGAGAGGCAUGUUAACAUGCCACCAUCUCUGUGGAGAGCUGAUCAAGACCCUUAUGUUCAAUCUGAUUCAUCUUUAUUUCCCGAUGGAAGGAGUACUAAUCCAUAUGAGGCCUACAACGAGAAUGGGCUUUUCUCAAGCUCCCUGUCAGAAAUUUUUGACAGAAAAUUGGGACUGAGAUCAAAUGAUGUGCUUCUACAUCAACCACUUGAAAAGGUUGAACCAACUCAUGUAGAUGAUGAGCCCUUUGAGUUAACAGAGGAAAUCGAGGCUCAAAUAAUAGGAAACAUACUUCCUGAUGAUGAUGAUCUACUAUCAGGUGUUGAUGUUGGGUACACAGCCCAUGCUAGCAAUGGUGAUGAUGUUGAUGAUGAUAUAUUUUACACUGGAGGUGGGAUGGAACUGGAGACCGUUGAAAAUAAAAAAAGUACAGAACCUAACAGUGGAGCUAAUGAUGGUCUUGGGUCGCUAAAUGGCACAAUGAAUGGUCAACAUCCAUAUGGGGAACACCCUUCAAGAACUCUUUUCGUCCAGAACAUUAAUAGCAAUGUUGAGGAUUCUGAAUUAAAGGUCCUAUUUGAGCAUUAUGGAGAAAUCAGCAACCUUUACACUGCCUGCAAACAUCGCGGUUUUGUAAUGAUAUCUUACUAUGACAUAAGGUCAUCAUGGAAUGCCAUGAGGGCACUUCAAAACAAGCCACUAAGACAUAGAAAACUUGACAUACAUUACUCCAUUCCGAAGGAUAAUCCUUCGGGGAAGGAUAUUAACCAGGGGAUGCUUGUUGUAUUUAAUGUUGACCCGUCUGUAACAAACAAUGAUAUCCAUAAGAUAUUUAGUGACUAUGGUGAAAUAAAAGAGAUUCGUGAUGCACCGCAAAAGGGCCAUCACAAAGUUAUAGAAUUUUACGAUGUCAGAGCAGCUGAAGGUGCAGUUCGUGCUUUAAACAGGAGUGAUCUUGCUGGCAAGAAAAUAAAUUUGGGGACUGUUGGUCUGAGUGGUGUUAGACGAUUAACACAGCACAUGUCCAAAGAGUCGGGGCAAGAAGAAUUUGGUGUAUGCAAACUGGGCAGUCUAAGCACAAAUAGCCCUCCAUUGCCUUCAUUGGGUUCAUCUUAUAUGGUAGCCAUGACAUCUUCUGGCCGUGAAAAUGGGAGUAUUCAUGGUUUGCAUUCUGGACUGCUCACAUCAAUGAGCCCGUUCAGAGAGGCUUCUUUUCCGGGCCUAUCAUCUACCAUACCACAGAGCCUGUCCUCUCCCAUUGGAAUUGCAUCUGCUACAACUCAUAGUAAUCAGGCUCCCCUUGGUGAGCUCAGCCACUCACUUAGUCGGAUGAAUGGGCAUAUGAAUUAUGGUUUUCAAGGCUUGGGUGCUCUUCAUCCCCAUUCUCUUCCUGAAGUUCACGAUGGAGCAAAUAAUGGCACCCCGUACAAUCUAAACACCAUGGUACCAAUUGGUGUGAAUAGCAACUCAAGAACAGCCGAAGCAGUUGACUGCAGACAUCUUCAUAAAGUGGGUUCUAGCAACCUCAAUGGACAUUCAUUUGAUCGUGUCGGUGAAGGAGCUAUGGGAUUUUCAAGAAGUGGAAGUGGUCCUGUCCAUGGUCACCAGCUAAUGUGGAAUAAUUCAAAUAACUUACAACGUCAUCCCAAUUCCCCUGUGCUGUGGCAAAAUCCAGGAUCAUUUGUAAAUAAUGUACCGUCUCGCUCCCCAGCACAAAUGCAUGGAGUUCCAAGAGCACCAUCACACAUGAUUGAGAAUGUCCUUCCAAUGCAUCAUCAUCAUGUGGGCUCUGCGCCAGCAAUCAAUCCAUCACUUUGGGACAGGCGGCAUGGCUAUGCAGGGGAAUUGACAGAAGCAUCAAGUUUUCAUCUUGGCAGUGUUGGGAGCUUGGGAUUUCCUGGUAGCCCUCAGCUUCAUGGCCUGGAGCUAAAUAACAUAUUUUCUCACACUGGUGGGAAUCGCAUGGAUCCAACCGUGUCUUCGGCUCAGAUCAGCGCACCAUCUCCUCAACAGAGAGGUCCUAUGUUCCAUGGAAGGAAUCCUAUGGUUCCCCUUCCAUCAUUUGAUUCACCUGGUGAGCGGAUAAGAAGCAUGAGAAAUGACUCAGGUGCUAACCAGUCUGAUAAUAAACGGCAGUACGAGCUUGAUGUUGACCGCAUAAUGCGAGGGGUAGACUCACGAACUACACUGAUGAUAAAGAAUAUCCCAAAUAAGUAUACCUCCAAGAUGCUCUUGGCUGCUAUUGAUGAAAGUCAUAAGGGCACUUAUGACUUUAUUUACUUGCCAAUUGAUUUUAAGAAUAAAUGUAAUGUUGGCUAUGCUUUCAUCAACAUGACCAAUGCUCAGCAUAUCAUUCCAUUUUAUCAGACUUUUAAUGGUAAAAAGUGGGAGAAGUUUAACAGUGAGAAGGUGGCAUCACUUGCUUAUGCUAGAAUCCAAGGGAAAACAGCUCUGAUUGCUCAUUUCCAGAACUCUAGUUUGAUGAAUGAGGACAAACGUUGCCGCCCCAUACUCUUCCACUCAGAUGGUCCUAAUGCAGGAGAUCAGUGCACUGUGACGAGUCUUCUAUAUAAUCCAUAUACCUUGAAUCCUUGAUGGGGCUGAUGGCAGAUAAAAACAUAGGUUUUGUGAAAAUAAAAUGGGGGGAGGUAAAUGUCCACCUGCCAUUUUUGCUGCAUUAACUGCCCUGUGACAAGACUUCUCUAUACCAUCGUACAAAGGCCCUGUUUGAAUGCACUAAAGCUAAUAGUUAGUUGGCUAAAAAGUUUAGAGAAUUGGCUAGCUAACAAAUAGUUGGCUAACUAUUAGCUGAUUUGCUAGAAGUAGCUAAUAGUUGAAUUAUUAGCCAGACUGUUUGGAUGUCUGCAGCUAAUUUUAGCAGCUAACUAUUAACUCUAGUGGAUUCAAACAGGGCCAAAGUCAUCAAUAUAUACCUUGAAUCCUUGAUGGGCUGAUGGCAGCUAAAAACAUAGGUUUUGUGUGGCGAAUCCUUCUAAAUUAUAUGGCCCACAUGCACUUGUCUUUAUCCCAAAGACCUCAGACGACUAUGCAUAUGUACCAGAUAACUUAAAAGAAUUUGUCCCAGUAUCUCGAAGGACCUCGGGAAAUCCACUUUACAACCAAGAUCGCAAGAUUAAGUACACACAAAUCACAUACCGAAGUUUUGUAGCGGAAUUCAUAUUACAAUAAGUUUACAAAUUACAAUAUCGAAAAGGGCGUACCCAAUGCUGUAGGCUUCCCGCACUGUGCGGGGUCUGGGGGAGGGUAUCUUUAAGCGCCAAGCCUUACCCGCAUAAUAUGUAGAGGCUGGGGCUCGAACCAGGGACCUUCCGGUUACAGACGGUAGGCUCUACCGCUGCACUAGGCCUGCCCUUCACAAAUUACAAUAUCGAAAUGAGUACAAAUUUGAUAUGAAAGUAAUACAACUUUGAAUGACAUGAAUUACAAUUUUAAGUUCAAAAUACAUUGCUAUCUUAAAUGACAAAACUCAGGUGGAAGUACAGAAAAUAUACUUAUAUAAGAAGACCGAGUCCACCGACACUUAGCUUCUAUCUACAACAGAACAAGAACAUCACUCGCAACAUGGUGGGAUAAAACCCUGAGUACACAAGUACUCCACAAGGCUUACCCGACUAAAGAAAAUGACUCCAAGGGCAUGCAAGAAUUGGGGAUUCAAGGUGAGGUUAUAGCAAGAAUAAAAAACUCCUUUGCAUAAAAGCUUACUAGAAGUGGAUCCUUAAGCCAUAUUUGAAUUUAUCAACUUAGCUCUCUCCUAAAUCUAGAUUAGCCUAAUCUAGAUCAAACACUUGCCAAACCAUUGUCUUCAUUUUACCAGAUCUCAUUUCUCUUCUUAACUACGAUGCACUUAACCCUUGCAUAUGUCAACCCAAUCUUCGAGUGGUCCAAGACCAAAACGGGUUUGGGCCACCUGAUAGCACAGUACUCCACCCUCCAACCCAUGCUAGUUGGGCACACACUACUCUCCUUAAUCGACUCGGACGGAAACACUGCACCGAGACGAAAACACUGCACAAAUCUCAUUUUUCUCCUUAAUCGACUCAGAUGGAAACACUGCACCGAGACUCCUUUCUCGAUGCAAGUUACCCACCCGGUCUCAUAUUAAUUCACCUUUUUCACAUUUCUUUAACAUAUCUCAAUAUUCAGCGGAAUUGGAAACAUUUUCUGAAAACCCCUAAUUGGAAACAUUACACUCUAUUUGGUGCAUGCAAGGAGAAAAAUCUUGUUUCCCCAUCUACUCGACUGGGACAAAUAAUCAUGCGUCACCUUGUUUCCAGCCAUAUAAAGAAACGUGCAUGCUCUGGUAGGAAAAUGGAGAAGGGCACAUGCUUCUACAGUAGGAUAGUAGUAGUACGCCUUAUUUUUUAGACAAAAUCUAAAACUUUAUACGCCUUGUUUUUUAGGAUGGACGAAGUAUAUAAGUAUAUAUGUCCAGAAACAUAUGGAUGACUAAAUGGACGACCAGCUCGACUAGGGUCGAUUAGUCGACCUAGUCGACGACUAAUCACAACUAACAAGGUUUUAAAGUCGUUUGACUAAUCGCGAUUAGUCGGCCUUAUUGCUGGAGUAAGCACGAUUAGGGGCUUCGACUCGACUAGGGCGACUAGGAAGCGAUUAGUCAUCCUAGUCACUGACUAAUCGUGAUUAGUCGCCCGAUUAGGGGUUAUGUCCGACUAGCUAGUCCUGUUUUGGGCCAGUAAUUCGUCCUUUGUUCUAUGGGCCGGCAGGCGGCCCACCAUCUCUGCAGAAAGUAGAAAACUUGUGUUGCCCUACCUGUACCGCAGUAGCAGCACAGUAGCCGUCGUCCCUUCUCUAGCGCGCAGUUGCGCACCCUCUGCAGCCCUUCUUCAGCGUGCGGCUGCGUCCUCUCUGCUCCGGCUGCGAUCCCUCUGCUCCUGCCAGCGCGUGGUUGUUGCAGAGGCCUCUGUUAAGCCGAUGCCCUCUAGUAUGGCGCACGCCUCUGCUCCAGGACUCCACCGAAGUCCACCCUCCAGCGCAAGAGCGUCCUCCACUGAUCCACUCUGACUCCUCCAUCAUACUUCUUCAGAGUGAAUUAGUUUAGAGUUUGUUCUGAACUUCAGAAAUCAGAAAUCAGAAAUUCAGACUUCAGACUUCGGAGUCCAGAGAACAUCAGAGUUCAGACUUCUGAGUUCACAGUUCAGGCUUUCAGAGUCUGUUGUUUUGCUAUAGCUAUAAUAUAUUGUUGUCCUGCUACAGCUCUAGUGUACUGCUAUAUUGCAGUACUGCUACAGCUAUAUAUAUUGAUAUAUAUAUUUAUACAUAUAGUCCUGUUAUAGGUGGACGACUAUAGGACGACUAGGAGUCUACUAGACUCGACUAAUCGAGCAAAUCGAUGACUAAUCGUGAUUAGUCGCCUUAUCGGUGCUCAGGCGACUAGAAUCGACUAGCCGACUUUAAAACCUUGAUGACUAAUCGACUGGUCGGUAGCUAUACGACUAGGUUCGAUUAGACGACUUGAAAAUAGUUAUCUCGAGCAGACUCCCUAUCCCACUUCACUCCCUAUUUCAAACUACACUAUGCAAACAAUAUAAUCUAUAGUGCAAAACAGUACUUUGCACGCUCGUUUACAUGGUAUGCUGGAGAUGACCUUAGUGCUUGUUAGACGAUAUUCACUUGGCGAUUAUCUCCCAACCUAGCACUUGAUCUGUCCAUCCAUCUUCAGGUUGGUCUGCCGUCAUCGUCUUGUGGUUGGCUUUGAUCCACGUUCUUUACUCCGCGUAAUCAACUAACGUACCUGAAUGAGAUGCACGAUGCAUAUGUAUGAGCAUAAAAUGAACCAAUGCUACAGUGAAGAAAAUCAAACACUUAAUGGCAAGGCAUUGCCACAAUCCUACGCAAGUACUAGAUACAUAUUGUCACUAACCUUGAUUAGGCGAGAUAAUAACCCCCUCGGGUACUGUAGCAUAUAUAUGUAGGCAGACAAGAAUAUAUGGGCUUUAUGGGCCUUAACACCCCCUAUCGAACUCAAGGCGGAAGUGGAGGAUUUGAAGCAUUGAGUUUGAUUAGAUGAAACUGAUGUUGUGCCCUAGUUUGUGCUUUUGUGAAGAAAUCUGCAAGCUAUAAUUCUCAGGGCACAUAUUGAAGAUCAAUGGUCUUCUGAUGACAAUGAGAUCUAGUGAACGAUACAUCAACACCAAUGUGUUUUGUGAGUUCACGCUUCACUGGAUCAUGACAAAUUUGUAUAGUUCCAAUGUUGUCACAGUGAAGAGGCGUAGGCGAGUCACAAGAAACGCCUAGAUCAGCCAAGAGCCAACGAAUCCAGAUAAUCUUAGCAGUAGUAGUAGCCAGGGCUCGAAGUUCUGCUUCAGUACUAGAUCUAGAUACAACAGCUUGCUUCUUGGAUUUCCAAGCAACAGGGGAUGAUCCAAGAAGAAUACAGUAACCAGUGAUGGAGCGACGAUCUGUAGGAUCACUGGCCCAGGUAGCAUCAGAGUAAGCACGAAGCUGAAGUGGGGAAUUUGAGUCAUAAAAUAAACAUUGUGUUUUUGUCCCUCGUAAAUAUCUAAGCACACGAAGUAAGUGCCCAUAAUGAACUGAUGUAGGAGCAGAUACAAACUCAUAAUCAUAGACGGUUUGACGCUGUUCACCAUAGCAGCCAUCACUUUACCAUCAUUAAGCUGCCAUGUUUUGAUAUCAGCAGCAUUGCGACGAUCAUCCGCAAGAACGGGUGCCGCAUCAGUCAAAUGAAAGAGUAAUCCAUGUCCCCUGAGUGCAGUCUCAACACAGAAAGCCCACUCCGGAUAAUUUCGGCCAUCAAGAGUGAUAUUGACCACAAUAGCAUUUGUCGCCAUAUUGAAUUCAAUGAAAAUCAGGGAGAACAGGAGACCUGAAACCAAACAAACCAGAGGACGAGUUGACGGAGGUCCUGGGCGCGGAAACCGAGUUGGACAGUCUGCUCGCAAUGGCAGCCACCGGCGCAGAAACAGGGACGACGCAGAUGGCGACGAGGCAGGGCGCAGCAGACGGCAGCGCAGAUCCGGAUCCGCAGACUGUUUGCGGCGUGAUUAUCGGAUCGAUGGCAGUUGCACAAAUCUUCUCUGCAGCGACUGUUUGCGGCGUGCAGCAGGCGGACGGCGACAGGGCGCAGUAGGCGGACGACGGCAGCCGAGCGCAGCAGGCAGGUGCAGACGGCGGACGACGGCGGCCGGGAAGCCCAGAUCCGCCCGCGGGGAUGGAAGAAACCGCGGCCGGGCGCAGCAGGCAGGUGCGGACGGCGGCGACCGGGUAGCCCAGAUCCGCCCGCGGCAGAGGCGGGGAGGGGAAAAGCCGCGGCGGCCGGAUCUGCCUCGAGGACGGCCGCGGAUCUGGACGGGAUCCGCGACGACGGACGGGCGGUGGCCGGAUCUGCGCGACGGCGGACGGGAUCCACGAUGGCGGCCGCGGAUCUGGACGAGGGCGGCGCAGAUGAGCCCGCAACGACGGAAUCCGCGACGGCGGACGGGCGGCGGCCGGAUCUGCGCGACCGCGGACGGGAUCCGCGAUGGCGGCCGCGGAUGUGGACGGGGGCGACACAGAUGAGCCUGCAGCCGCGACGGCGGGUGGGAGGAAGGUGGAGAGAGGGUCGCAACGGCGGCCGGGAGGAGACGAUGGUGGCUAAAAAAAUCUAAGAAACCCUAAUCGUGACCUGCUCUGUUAAUAGGUCACUAACCUUGAUUAGGCGAGAUAAUAACCCCUUCGGGUACUGUAGCAUAUAUAUAGGCGACAAGAAUAUAUGGGCUUUAUGGGCCUUAACACAUAUAACUCACUAAACACAACAAUCACGUUCUUCCAGUUUAACCAGAUCUAACUCAAACAUCAAGAAAUAAUAAACUAUGUGUAAGUCCUAUAUCUUCUUUAGGUAGUGCCCAACAUCAGAAGACUAGCAAAACCUAGACUCAUCAUUCUUAGACACCUAAAUUCAGAAUGAGAAUAGAAGCAAUCUAACUAGCACUCUAAACCACCUUUUGGUGAAAGAGUAAUUGUGGGAAUGACUUGAUUCUAUUCCACGACAAUGUGUGCGUAUACAUAGGAGAGGCCGGGGUUGCUCACAAGGCAACCGCACAGGCGUACAAGCCAAUCAAGGGCAGCCUACAAUCAAGGGCUGACUACCAUAAUUAGGCUUUCUAUAAUUACAAUAGUCUAACAUUUGGGACUAACUCGCAUAGCACAACAUCUAAAUAAAACAUCACACUAUUAGAUCUAGCAGGCAGAACAUCAUUAAAGAUCACAGUCUUUCACAAAACCACAACUUAAAACCAAAAGACCUAAAACACUAAUGUGCAAUGCCCACUAUGCAGUAUUAAGAUUUCAACUAAAGCAGACCUAGCGAUGUUAUUUGCUUCGAGAUACUUGGAGAAGCAAUCAACAUCCAUCUAUGACAUUUAACCGGUCACUAAGGCCCUGUUUGGACAGCUCCAGCUCCAGAAAAUUCGGUAGAGUUGGUGGAGCAGGUCAUUAGG